CCUGAAACCUGGAAGCCGGAAGCGACAAAGCGGCAAAGCGGAGCGGCGCUACCGGGGUGGGCGGCCGGGCACUCGAGAGCCCGCGGCGGCUGUGCCCUUCACGCCGCUGCCCGCACUUUUCCAGAAAGGGGCGCCGAAGGGCGUCUGGUUGGGGCCCCACGGAUGCCCACAGCAGGAGCAGCCCCGAGCCCAGCGCCGCCCCGGGCCCACGGGGAACAUGGGCGUACUGAGAGCCGGGCUGUGCCCGGGCCUCUCCCAGGACAUGGUCCAGCUUCUACGGAGCCGCGGGAUCCGGACAGUGGUGGACCUGGUUUCUGCAGACCUGGAGGAGGUAGCGCAGGCCUGUGGCCUGUCCUAUAAGGCCCUGGUUGCUCUGAGGCGGGUACUGCUGGCUCAGUUCUCAUCUUUCCCCUUCAAUGGCGCCGAUCUCUACGACGAACUGAAGAGCUCCACUGCCAUCCUGUCCACCGGCCUUGGGAGCCUGGACAAACUUCUUGAUGCUGGCCUCUAUACUGGAGAAAUGACUGAAUUUGUAGGAGGCCCAGGUAGUGGCAAAACCCAGGUAUGUCUUUGUGUGGCUGCAAACGUGGCCUGUGGUCUGCAGCAGAAUGUUCUCUAUGUUGACUCUAAUGGAGGGCUGACAGCCUCCCGCCUCCUCCAGCUACUUCAAGCCAGAACUCCUGAUGAAGAGACACAGGCCAGAGCCCUCCAGAGGAUCCAGGUCGUGCAUGCGUUCGACAUCUUCCAGAUGCUGGCUGCGCUACAGGACUUCCGGGCCACUGUGGCUCAGCAGGUGAGCAGUUCUUCAGGGACUGUGAAGGUGGUGAUUGUGGACUCAGUCACUGCAGUGGUCUCCCCACUUCUGGGAGGUCAGCAGAGGGAAGGCUUGGCCUUGAUGAUGCAGCUGGCCCUAGAGCUAAAGACCCUGGCCCGGGACCUUGGUGUAGCGGUGGUGGUAAGGAAGGACAGAGAGAAACUGAGGGGAGAAAGUGAGAUAGAAUAUCUGCAGCACUGCUACACCACAAGUGAAGCUUCCCCCCUGAAGGUGACUAAUCACGUGACCAGAGACAGGGACAGCGGAAAGCUUAAACCUGCCCUUGGACUUUCCUGGAGCUUUGUGCCCAGCACUCGGAUUCUCCUAGAUCUUGGCGAAGGGACAGGAGCAUCAGGCAGUUGGCGCUCUGCAUGUCUGACCAAAUCUCCCCGUCUGCCAAUAGGUUCCCAGGAGAUGGUGGACUUUGAGAGCUGGGGGGCUCCAGAACAGAGCCCAACAUUAUAGGGAGACCCAGUAUGACUGUACUGUCAAUAGAAAUGGGAGAAGCAUGGAGUCUUUUCUGUUCCCUGCCACUCAGCACUUAGGGUGGCAAUAGAAGUUCUCAGGCUGAGAAGAAAUGACAUCUUGGUUUCCUCAGCAACUCUCUCUGAAACUGCAAGCCAGAGAGGAUAUUGUGGUGGAGACACCAAGACGUUCAUAAUGAUUGAUGCCUUUGUUUCUACUACACAUUUCCAGUGGGAGCCAAGUUCACCCUGGCUUGAUGUAUGUCUGGAGAAAUCUUUAGAGACUACAUGGGUGACUACAUGGGUGACUAUAGGCACCAUCAUGUCUGUGGUCCAUCCUAGCCCAGUGGCGGAGCCAUGAAGUCUUGAACUUUCUUUUGCUUGUCUUUUUUGUUAAUGUUGCCUCUGUUUUUCCAUCUGUAAAAUAGGGUUGCCUUUCCCUUAGCUGUCUCUGAACUGCUGGCUGGAACUUUAUACAUGCAAAAUUCUUCAUCUGUUUCCUACCUUAAAAAUAUAAGAAAUUUUCCUGAA